GGAACAAGCGGCAGUCUCCGAGUACUGCUUGCCCCGUGCUGUUGUGCUAGGCUGCUCGUAGCAACCAUCGAUCCAGGUCGAUUGUCAUGUCGAAGUGAGACUUUUAAAGGCCGAAAGUGAAUUUUUUCUCUGACACCAUGUGCUAUUUCAUAAGUGUUUUACUACUGGUUUUCCCGGCUGUCUUCGCAUCCUUGCACUUUUUGGACGGGACCUACCGUGGACUUACCGUCUCCAUUGACUCAACAGUGCCUAGCGAAAAUUGUCAAACUAUACUCAAUAAUUUAGAGAAUGCUUUGUCAAAAGGAUCGGAAGCAGUGUACAGAUCAUUGAGGGGUAGAGCAUCAUGGAAGAGUGUGACUGUUCUAAUUCCAAGUAAUUGGCCAGAUACAUGUGUACCUGGCCACAGUACAAUUCCUUCACAGGGAGAGACAUCCCAUAUUACAAUUGGCCUUCCUCACCCAGUCUACAGAGAUACACCAUGGACCCAACAGUCAAAACCUUGUGGUCACCCAGGUGAUUUUAUUUAUCUGAGCUAUCGGUUGUUUUUGGAUCAGGAAGUUCCCACAUUGGGUAAGAGUUUAGCUCGUGAAUGGGCCAAAUACAGAUAUGGCGUAUUCGAUGAAGUCGGUUUCCUAGAUGACCCGAUAUACCCGUCAUGUUACUACUCUGACCUUUCUGAAGACAUACAAGUUAACGGCUGUUCAGACAAACCUAUAUCAGAAAAUGGGAUGUGCAAAACUGGGCACCUUAAUGUAUCCAACCUGGUGAGUCAUGAGGCCCAAACAUCUCUUCUUUUCACCAACUCUCACAAAGUUGACAAAUUCUGUGAUGCUUCAAGUCAUGACAGAUUUGCACCCACAAAACAAAAUAAUCUAUGCGAACGAAAAAGUGUAAUGCAGAUCAUCAAUGAACAUUCAGAUUUCUCCAAUGCGAGUUUCACAAGUAAUGAACCUAUAAAUACGACUCCGACAAUUAUUUACAAAAGGGAGAGUCUUACACGUUAUGUAAUUGUAAUAGAAGAUACCAAAGAUAUGCUAGUGAGAGAAUCAUGGCUAUAUUUGAGAUUGGCCAUAAGAAAAUGGGUUGUCGUACAGUUACAAGGGCAAGUAGAAGUUGCUUUGGUUUCCGCAAAUGAAUCAUCGGCAACUGUCAUACAAAAAUUAACAACACUUUACAAUACAGCAGCAAGAGAUUUGCUUGCUUCCAAUGUCCCAUAUACUCCUGGUGAUACAAGAGCAGCUUGCUUGUACUGUGGAAUCAACAAAGCUUAUAAGUUGUUACAUGAAAAAGCUCAAUUAAAUGGUCCUGCAAAUUCAGUUAUUGUUGUCAUUGCACCCGGAACUAUGGAACAUGUGCCCGAUCUUACUGAGCUGAUGCCUAAACUAAGAAAAUCACAUAUACGGAUCGCUACAAUAACAUAUCCUGCACAAGUAAGACCUAGGUCUCUUGACUGGAUGGCUGAAGCUACAGAUGGUAUUUCAUUUACCGUAAUGGAAACGAAAUACAACAUGGCAACAUCUUAUAUCUCAACUUAUUUCAAAUUGACCAAUGUUAUGUGGGCGAUUCAGAGGGCAUUUUACCAAGGCGAUAAAUCAGAAUUGCCAAUUGAGAUCCAUAGAAAAGAAAUAGUUGACAAUGGUCAAACAUCAGUAACAGGAAGUUUUGUUCUCGAUGACUGGCUUGGUGAGCCAGCUAAAUUUACAGUUCUUACCCAUAAUAUAGAAAAUCCUCUGAUAAGAAGCAUUACUCUUGUAAGUCCUUCUCAUAAAGUUUAUUCUACACGAUCAGAUGCAUUGAUUUCCCUCAAACUUCUCAAUGUUCCAGCAAAUAUAAAUGAGACUGGAACAUGGACUUACACAAUUGAACGGUUUUCUGGAUCACCUCAACCUCAUUAUGUUCAAGUAAUGGCUACACCUAGAUCUCAUAGUGCACCAGUCGUAAAUGCAAGACUAUUCUCAAGCCAUACUAAUAAUGGUGUUAUUUUAUACACUGAGGUGAAACGAGGUGAUUUCCCAAUCCUAGGCGCUAAAGUUGAAGUAACUGCAGUCAAGAUAGGCAUAAAUGGAUCAACACAUCGGGAAAAAUUUGAGCUAAUGGAUACCGGAAGUGGUGAUCCAGAUGUAAUGAAAGGUGAUGGCAUAUAUUCCCGCUACUUUAGUGCCUACGCAGGCGGAUCAGGGGAUUAUACAUUUGAAGUGACUGUUAGUGAUAAUGGGAAUACUGCUUAUUCUUGGCAGUAUGGUCAUCAGUAUGAAGGAGAUCUUUUGACAAACGUUGCCUGCUGUGGAAGUUCAAUGCCUGCACCUACAGUUGAACCUCUAUCCCCUUUCCAACGGAUUCUCCCACCAUUAACAAUCCACAUUUCUAAAAAUGAUGUUGUGUCUGGAAGAGUUGGAGAUCUCCAAGCAGUGAUCCUUCCAACUGACCUGAAAGCCCGUUUAGUCUGGACUGCACCUGAUAUGGGCGGAAAGCCAGUGGCAAAAUACGAACUGAAAUAUGCCCACCAGAUUGGUGACAUUAUCGAUCACUUUGACUCGGGAACUCCUUGGGCUCAUGGAGUACCAUUUCCUCUUACGCCAGGAUCUGAAACAACUUUUACUCUAGACUUUACCAGGAACCCUUCACUAUUGGACCAAACAUUGUAUUUUGCCAUCAGAGGAUAUACUGAAUUAGAUGAACUCGCAAAACCAGGACCAAUAUCAAAUUGGAUAAGAAUUAAUGUGCCUUCUCCUCCACCACCUCCUCCAAUGACUACUUCGACAUCCACCUCAAUGCCACUUUGGACUCAAGAAGACGAGACAGCAGUUCCUAAUUUGGCUGAGAAAUUUGAACUGAGUUUAGAAUUCAUUCUUCCUGUCAUUAUUGGUUUACUGCUAUUAAUAUUAGCAAUUACUGUUUACUGUUAUUUUUGCUUAAGAAAACGUGCUAAUAAAGAUGCUAAGGCCAAUCAUCCAGAAAAACCAUUAAAUGUGUCAAUAGUUCCAACUGAAAAUGGUAACAAUGUAACUCAUUCAGCUCCUACAAGCAAUUAUGAAGUGAACACGACAAUGACAAAUUUACCACAGUACGAAGUGAGUGUGGAAGAAGAUCCGAAUAAAAGAUACAGCAUGACUCCUUAUGAUGGGAUGGUACAAAAUGGCAAUUUACCCAGCCCUGGAAAUUAUGGCAACAGCAAUUUAACUGUUAUCAGUGAAUAUGACAAUCGCAAUAAUACCCUAAUCAGAGAAAAAACCCUAAGCCCUUACCAAUCUUGGACUGCAUCACAAUUACUACAUGAGCAUGAGAGAAGACACAGUCCUUAUGGCCAAGUCGAUGACUAUUCCCAAUACUACCCUCCUCCUGUUCCACCACUGCCAGCCUACCAGCAAGAUAUAUAUGGCCCGGCUGGUCAUUUGCCACCACCAAAUCAAUUCAUUAAUUACCAACCGAAUCCAAGCAUGUACAAUGCAAGUUUACAAGGAUCUAUGACUUCAGUGAACAGUAAUGAUAGAAAACGAAGAAAUGUUACUAUGGUCUAAUACUUCUCAAAAAUUUACCAACCAAUUUCAUUUUUUUUUUUUUUUUUUUGUUAAUAUUUUUACUUUUUUCCCCAAUUAUUUUAAUUGUGUAAGAAAUGUAAAUCUAUUGUGAUUGCUUACUUUUAUGUUUUGUAAUUAUUGUAUAUUUGAUCAGUUUAUAUCAGUCCUAGUCUUAUAUUUUCUAAGACCAUUGUGUAUUUUGGAUCAUAUCAGAUCCUAACAUCAAUAGAAAAGGGUCACAAAAAGGUCAACCGAGCCUUUUACUUUGGAAGUUUGAUUUCCUUCCGAGCACAAAUGGCCCUGACUGAAUUAUUUAUAAAUGUUAAAUUCAUUUAGUCACUGUGGCAUAAAAAAAUGUUCAAACAGAAUUAAUUUUUUUAUGUUAAAAGAAUUUGUUUGACAAUCUUUUCUACAUGCAUAUGUGAGUAUAAAUUGUGCCAGAUUAUGUUUUUCUAGUCAAUAAAACUGAUUCAUUCAACAGUUUUAUACACACAAUUUGAAGUCUCUAAAUAUACUUUUAAGUGGUAUAAAUGUAUUAUACUAAGUGUAAACUAUAUUGUUGGCCAGUUUCAUGUACAUACAUAGAAUCGAAAAUUUUAUAAGCUCUUUAAAAGUAAAAGUGUAAUUAUAUUUGCAUUUUGAUCUCAUUUCUUUUAGAAUUUUUUAAAUAUUUUUUUUUCACAUUUAGGGGUCUGUCAAAUGUCCUUUUGGGGAAUGAAUCUCUUUCCAUAGUUACACUUUAUGACAUAAACUCAAUGUGAGGUAUUCGAUUUGUAAUUCUCUUUCAAAGUAGUUGUACCAUUUUUUUUGGUACUAAUUUGUAAAUGUAACUUAACUAUUUUAAAAGAAAUAUUGUUAUUGACUUUAAUU